AUGUCCCAUGAAACAUUCGAAGCACCCAGCUGGUCGGACGAAAUUACCAUCAACGGGAACGUCCGAGCUGCGGAGGCAGCACGCUUGGCCUAUCACCUCUGCAGACAUCGCUAUCAGGUUGUCAUUGUUCAGCUGAUGCGGUGGUGGUCGCGCAAGGGUAGAAGGGUUCCAGUGGCAUCCAGUGGUGUGGUUGGCCACGUCGCUGCGUUUGCUCUUGCGGUGCCUGCGGUGCCCCAGAUUUUGAGCAUGCCCGACCCGUGGGAACGUGAUGUGCUGCGAAGCCAGCCGUGUACCGCCGUCGACGUGCUGGGUGGCGAAGUCAGAUGA